AGUGCAACCACGCCAACCAGAAACGCUGAGUCUGUAUAAUAAACUUACUCCCUAUCCAAGAGCCUGGUUUCGGGCGAUCAACAUAUUUGAAGAGAUCUGAAAUGAAUUACAACGAUGCAAAGGGCUACGACUUCGGUUCGGGCAACACCAACAUUGAUCCAGCCGUAUUGAGGGAGCUACCAAAGGGAUGUCAAGUCACAUCCACCGAGAACCAUGGUGUAAGCUUCUGGGCGAAGACGGGUCGAAUCGACGUUCUUCUCCAAGAUGGCGCACCUCAGUCGUUUUUCAUCAAAGUCCUAUCGAAGGCAAUAGGCAUGAACAUGACAAAGGGGGAAUUCCAUUCGAUGAGCGCGAUACAUGGAGUCAUACCGGAAUUCGUCCCAAAGCCGAUAGCUUGCGGUACCUACGAGGACAUCCCAGACACACACUUCUUCCUCUGCGAGUUUCGAGAGAUGACGGAGGAUAUGCCCGACCCUGACGAGUUUGCUUCUCGUCUGUCAACAAUGCACCAAAAAAGUGUAUCGCCCACUGGAAAGUUCGGCUUCCACAUCACAACUUACGCAGGAAAUUUGCCCCAGUACGUGGAAUGGGAAGAUAGCUGGGAGACGUUCUUUGCCAAGUCAAUGAGACAGGCUCUUGACCUGGAGAUGUCGGUGAAAGGCAAAAGUACUGAGCUUGAGGUUCUUUCACAGGCGCUUUUCGAGAAGGUUAUCCCGAGGCUCUUGAGGCCUCUGGAGAGUGACGGCCGGACUGUGAAACCUUCGUUGAUUCAUGGCGACCUUUGGUAUGCAAAUGGAGGGAUUGAUGUCGAAAACGACCAACCUCUCGUUUUUGAUGCAUGCUGCUUCUUUGCACAUAACGAAUAUGAGUUUGGCCAAUGGCGACCAGCUUGUAAUAGGUUUGGAGAUGAGUACGUCGCUGCAUACAACACAUUUGCGCAGAUCUCGGCACCUGAAGAGGAUUUUGAGGGUCGGCUAGAUCUCUAUAGGCUAAGAUUUGACACUCACGUGUCAGCCCUUUUUGUCGACAAUGAGACGCUUCGAACACAGGUUCUUGACGUUAUGAGAGAUCUGGUUCAGAGAUAUGGAUAGUGUAGAGAAGCAACAUACGUUACACUGCGUGAUCUUGUCAGGCUUCAGAUGCUUAGACUGUAUCUUAUUGGCAGGCUUAAAACUGUUCCUUUGAUCGUGCAUUGACCCCUCUACAUCUAAGAUUACUGAAUUGUCUAGUUGAGGAUCUACUUUAUACCCAACCUUGAAC